CCUCCUCCUCCUCCUCCUGUUCUCAACAUUAAACCAUAAAUGCUGUGAUCUCCUCACACACACACACACACACACUCUUCUCCAGCUCCUGCCGUCUCCUCUGCUCUUCUGUCCUGUGUGAUUCAUCUCCAACCACUCAUCAUGGUUUCCCACAAGGAGUUUGCAGAAGCGGGGAAACAGCCCGGCCUUCAGGUGUGGCGUAUCGAGAACAUGGACCUGAAGCCAGUUCCUAAGGCCCUGCAUGGCAACUUCUACACCGGGGACGCCUACCUGCUACUGUACACAACCUCCGCCCCCUCAUACUGCAUUCACAUGUGGCUAGGAGAGGAGUGUUCGCAGGAUGAGAGUGGAGCGGCGGCCAUCUUUGCCACACAGCUGGAUGACUUCCUGGGCGGUGGGCCGGUGCAGUUCAGAGAGGUGCAGAACUUCGAAUCCAACACGUUUAUGGGCUACUUCAAGUCAGGAAUCAAGUACAAGGACGGAACAUUACGAGAAAAGCCUUCACUGAAGAAAGGGGGAGUUGCAUCAGGAUUUAAGCAUGUGGUGACCAACGAUGCCAACGUGAAGCGGCUGCUUCAUGUCAAGGGUCGGAGGAUCAUCAGGGCCACGGAGGUAGACAUGACCUGGGCCAGCUUCAACAAGGGAGACUGCUUCCUUAUUGACCUGGGAAAGGACAUCUACCAGUGGUGUGGCAGUGAGUGUAACCGUUUCGAGAAGCUGAAGGCGUCUGAAGUCGCCAUCGACAUCAGAGAUAAUGAGAGGAACGGCCGGGCCAAGCUGCACAGGGUGGAGGAAGGAGAAGAGCCACAAGCAAUCAUAGAGGUUCUGGGGCCAAUAACUGGAAUCGCUCCCAGUAUACCUGAUGAUGACAAGGUGGAAGUGUCCAACAGGAAGAAGGGUGCCCUGUACAUGAUCUCUGAUGCUUCCGGUUCCAUGAAAGUUUCGGUUGUGGCCUCAUCGAGUCCCUUCAAACAGGCCAUGUUGUCUCAGGAGGACUGUUACAUCUUGGACAACGGGGUGGACAAGAACAUAUUUGUCUGGAAAGGUCCUAAAGCUAACCUUUCAGAGCGUAAAGCAGCCAUGGCAGCAGGACAGGAGUUCAUCAAAGAGAAAGGAUACUCCAACAAGACUCAGAUCCAAGUACUUCCUGCAGGAUCCGAGACGACUCUGUUCAAGCAGUUCUUCAGUGACUGGAGGGACAAAGACGAGACCACCGGCCCAACUAAGGCCUACACCAUCGGCCGCAUCGCCAAAGUGGACCAGGUGCCCUUCGACGCCUCCACCCUCCACACCAACAAGGCCAUGGCGGCCCAGCACGGCAUGGUGGACGACGGCACGGGCAAAGUUCAGAUCUGGCGUGUUGAGGAUGACAAGGUGCCUGUAGAUCCGUCCUCCUACGGCCACUUCUAUGGUGGAGACUGUUACCUCAUCCUCUACAGCUACAGACUAGGAGGCCGUGAGCAGCACAUCAUAUACACCUGGCAGGGGCUGAAGUGCACCAAAGAUGAGUUGGCGGCUUCGGCAUUCCUCACAGUGAAGCUGGAUGACUCCAUGGGAGGAUCACCAGUUCAGGUGAGGGUGACCCAGGGCCAGGAGCCUCCCCACCUGAUGAGCCUGUUCCAGGGUAAACCCAUGAUUAUCCACAGCGGGGGGACGUCACGCAAAGGUGGACAGACACAGGCCGCCAGCACUCGCCUCUUCCACAUCCGCCAGAGCUCCAACCGCGCCACUCGGGCUGUAGAGGUUGAUGCGUCUUCUUCCAAUCUGAACACCAACGACGUGUUCGUGCUGAAAACUUCCAGUGCUCUGUUUGUCUGGCGAGGACAGGGCGCCACUGAUGAGGAGAUGGACGCAGCCAAGCAUGUGACGAGCUUCCUGGGGGGCAGCGUCACUCAAGUAUCGGAGAGCAAGGAGCCAGCUGAGUUCUGGUCUGCUCUGGGAGGUAAGCAGGACUACCAGACCUCCAAGAGUCUGAGGAACAUGGUCAAACCUCCACGUCUCUUUGGCUGCUCCAACAAAACUGGAAGACUCACUGUUGAAGAAGUACCAGGAGAUUUCACUCAGUCAGAUCUGGCCACUGAUGAUGUUAUGCUUCUGGAUACAUGGGACCAGAUCUUCAUUUGGGUUGGCAAUGACGCUAAUGCAGAGGAGAGGAACGGAGCUCCUAAAAUAGCAAAAGACUAUGUGGACUCUGACCCGUCUGGUCGCAGUGGACUACCCAUCACCACCAUAAAACAGGGAGCAGAGCCCCCGACUUUCACAGGCUGGUUCCAGGCUUGGGAUGCCAAGAUGUGGGAUACAGAUCGACUGGCAAAAAUAUUUGGAUGUUCCUGAAGCUGCAGGCCCUUCCUCCCAGUCUAACCUAUCCAGCACCUUCUAUUGCCGUUAUGUUUACCUUAACCCUAAGUGCCAAAACCAAUGUUGUUGUUGUUGUUGUCAGGUUGAGGCUGGCUUGAUGCAGUGCACCAGGCCUAAUAAACAGGAAUAUGUCACAUAAGCAGUUAUAUAAUAUCCUUUUGUAUCACUGAUAGAGGUGGUUUAUUGAUCUAUAGCAUCCGACAGUUUGUCCCUCUGUUAAUUAGAGCAUCUAAUAUGAAUAAGAAAUAAGUAAGAAAGCCAUAUCACACUCCCGGUCAUAUCCUGUGUUUCUGUUUGCCCUCUUUUACUGCAUUACAUUUGUAUCCAGAAUACAUUGUCAUGCUUUCCUUUACGUUCUGUCUGUUUUAACAGAGUAUUUCUGUACUUUCAUAGUGAACCAGUACACUUACAGAGACUCCACUGCUGCAUUGUGUGUGUUUUGUCACUGGUACGGAAUACUUUUAUUUGCAUGCUGCAUUUGUUAAAAAUCUAAUCCUGUGCUUGACAAAAUUUCUAGAAGGUGUGGAUGUUAUGUAGCCUAAACACAGUCUAAUGUGUCAACUCUGCGACUAGUAUUUGACCCUGAAAUGCUCACAUGGAGUGGUUUUAAAUAAACUUCCAGUGUUUCAAA